AUGAUGCAAUGCUUAGUUAUUCUUCCUCCAGGCUCAGAACGGAUCGUCGACGCAGAUGAGGAGGUCUUUCUUUUGUACUCGCGAGCCAACUCGUCCAGUAAACCGAGAGGCUUGGGCUUCGUCGACAAUCGCCAGGAUGUUUUGUCGCUGAGUUUCGAACUCAAGCCCCUGCUGUCGACGACGGUAACGAAAGGCAAGGGGAAAAGGAAGCACACAACUACUGUCGGCGAAAAGACCAUCGAAAUUCAGCUACUUCAAGACAAGACGGCUCUACGAUCCCGGGCAGGGGACACCGGUUCUGUUGUUUGGCAAGCCAGCAUCGAUUUUGCUAAACUCAUUCUGCAAGAACAGUAUGUCAAGUUGCCAACUGCACUCUUCGACUGUGAGCGCAUUCGGACAAGCCAUGUUCUGGAACUUGGGUCUGGCACUGGCCUCCUCGGGAUAGCGCUUUCGCAGCUAUUCGCCCACUACACCAUUACCGAUAUCAGUGAACUACAGACACUGAUAACGAAGAACUUGAAGCUCAAUUUCCCUCGCUGGCCUGGCGGCUCUCCGACAGACCCAGGACACAACAUCUCCGCACUAGAGUUGAAUUGGCAGACCUUGGAAACAUUGCCACCGAGCCGACGAGGCCACUACUUCGCACUUCCAGACUCGGCGUACGAUUUAGUGCUCGUGGUUGACUGCAUCUAUCAUCCAUCGCUUCUCCCUUCGCUUGUAGGAGCGAUAGACUACGUUACAACGACUGGCAAGACAGAAGUCGUCGUGGUAAUGGAACUGCGGGCGGAGGAUGUGACGAGGGAAUUCUUGGAGCGGUGGUUGGCAGCGGGUAACGGUGAAUGGGACAUAUGGCGGGCAGCAACUAAUCUUGAAGAGACGUAUGUUGUCUGGGUUGGAAGAAAAAGGAGCACACUGGCAGAAGUAGAUGUUCAAUUGGUUGUACAUUGA